AUGGCUGGAGGAGGCAUGCUCCCCUCCCUGCCCACACUGACUGUACUUGUUCCUCUCCUGUCCUUAGCAGGCUUGUUCUACUCAGCCAGUGUUGAUGAAACCUUCCCACAGGGCUGCACCAGCACAAACAGCUUAUGUUUCUACAGCCUCCUCCUUCCAGUUACGAUACCAGUUUAUGUAUUCUUCCACCUGUGGACCUGGAUGGGAAUUAAGCUUUUUCGUCACAACUAGUGUGAUGCAUUCACUAACCUCUGGGCUUGCCUAAAGCAACACAAUUUAUUUAAUCUCAUCAGGUGUUGCAGUUGACUUGAGUGUUCCCUUCUGGCACUAGUGACUGUCAUUUCCCUGGUAGUAUCAGGACCUGUAUGAAGUCAUCUGCAGCAGCCUGCUCAGGCAGAUUAAGAGGAGGAAUAACGACAAGUAUGUAUUCCUUCUAGCAUCUCCCUCCAAGAAUGCUGUGUGUUUGUAGCGGCACUAAUGAAAAUCUGUGUGAGGUGAUUGUUUUCACGAGGAAGAGCUGUACCCUGUCUGAAGUAACUGAUCUUGAAUAACAAGUAAUGACAAGUCAGCAAUAUGGAGUUCUCUUUGAA